AUGAUGCCCCCUGAACAAGAAAAUACUAAUCUUAGCACCACUGCCAAUAUCGGACCGUCUAACAUCAUGCCCACAAACUGGACCGAGACUGUUACGGUUCAUGCUGAACCCUCCAUUUCUUCAUCUAUUAAUAUUAAUAGCAGGAGCUCGUGUUCACAGGAUCAAGUAUUACAAGCUCAACAAGAACCUGCCCUGUCAAGAUUCGCGAUUUUACGUGCAUCUUUACGUCCCGUAACACUCAAGUUUGCAGAUGUUGCAUAUAGUGUUAGUUUGUCCUCGAAAGGAACUUGGUUUGCUUCAAGUGAACCAAAAUCAACAAGAACAGUACUUAAUGGUGUCACUGGUGUCGUUCGACCCGGCGAGCUACUCGCAAUGCUAGGUCCAUCUGGAAGUGGCAAGACAACACUUCUAACAGCUCUAGCCGGUAGAUUACCCGGAAAGGUUUCUGGUACUAUAACGUACAAUGGCCAGCCUUUCUCUAGCUCCAUUAAGCGCAACACAGGUUUUGUCUCUCAAGAUGAUGUGUUAUAUCCCCAUCUUACUGUUUUAGAGACCUUAACCUAUGCUGCUUUAUUAAGGCUACCAAAAAAGCUCACCAGAGAAGAGAAAAUAGAGCAAGCUGAGUUGAUUAUAAUGGAGCUUGGAUUAACUAGGUGUAGAAAUAGUGUAGUGGGAGGACCUAUGUUUCGGGGCAUAUCGGGUGGUGAACGUAAACGGGUCAGUAUCGGGCAAGAAAUGUUGGUUAACCCGAGUUUGUUAUUGCUAGAUGAACCCACUUCAGGGCUUGAUUCUACCACAGCUCAACGUAUUGUGGCCACUCUAAGAGGACUGGCAAGAGGUGGUAGGACUGUGAUAACAACUAUUCAUCAGCCUUCAAGUAGGUUGUAUAGGAUGUUUGAUAAGGUGGUGGUUUUGUCGGAAGGGUGUCCAAUUUAUAGCGGACCGGCCGGUCGGGUCAUGGAGUAUUUUGAAUCAUUAGGAUACCAUCCCGGGUUCAAUUUCAUGAAUCCUGCUGAUUUUCUGCUUGAUCUUGCUAAUGGUUUAGUUCCUGAUACCAGAUCACAAGAUGAUCAACUUGAUUUCCAUGCGAGAUUAGACCACCAUGAUGAUCAAAAUUCAGCAAAACAGUCUUUGAUAUCGUCUUAUAAGAAGACCUUGUAUCCUGUUGUGAUAUCUGAAAUUCACCGAAAUGCUCAAGACUCGGUUCUGCCUUUAUCAUCACUGAGAGGUUCUGGGGUUCAAUGGACCACUAGCUGGUGGCAGCAGUUCAAGGUAUUGCUAAGGAGGGGCUUGCAAGAGAGGAAGCACGAGUCUUAUUCAGGCUUAAGGAUUUUCCAAGUUAUGUCGGUUUCGAUUCUUUCUGGCCUUUUAUGGUGGCAUUGUGAUACUUCGCACAUACAAGAUCAGGUGGGGCUUCUCUUCUUUUUCUCCAUCUUCUGGGGCUUUUUCCCCCUGUUCAAUGCCAUAUUCGCAUUCCCUCAGGAGCGAUCGAUGCUUAUAAAAGAACGUUCCUCGGGCAUGUACCGGCUCUCUUCCUAUUACUUUGCAAGAAUGGCCGGUGACUUACCAAUGGAGCUUGUUAUGCCAACUAUUUUUUUAACUGUCACCUAUUGGAUGGGUGGUCUCAAGCCCUCCCUAAUCACUUUUGUACUGACCCUCUUGAUUAUCCUUUUCAAUGUGCUAGUCUCCCAAGGGCUAGGGUUAGCACUUGGAGCCAUUUUAAUGGAUGUAAAGCAGGCCACAACUUUAGCUUCUGUGACAAUGCUGGUGUUUUUACUUGCCGGUGGAUACUACAUUCAACACAUUCCUCCAUUCAUAGCUUGGUUGAAGUAUAUCUCUUUUAGUCACUACUGUUACAAGCUGCUAGUGGGGGUACAGUACCCAGCAAAUGAAGGUUAUGACUGUGGCUUGCAGAUGCCUUGCAGGGUAAUGGAUUUUCCUGCAAUCAAGUAUCUAGGUCUUAACAAUAAGUGGUGGGAUGUAGCUGCUUUGACAAUAAUGUUGGUGGGAUACAGGCUUUUGGCUUAUGUGGCUCUAAGAAUGGGGCAACCUCACUGA